CAAUAAGAUGGUAUCUGGGAAAAAAAUUCAAGAGGGUUCACAUUUAGUCUCCAAAUAAAUAGCAAUAAAUGACCCAAAAGUGAAAAUAAAUUUUCUUUUUUUUAACAGUCUUAUUAAAUAACUUAUAAAAUGGAAUUUUUAAUGCAAAUAAAAAAGAGAAGGAACAUUUUUGAUAUUUAUUGGUAGAAUGGCGAUAGAAAAAUAUUCUUAAGUAAAGGAUUACGUUGAUAUGAUGAAAGUGGACGACAAAUGAAGUGAUAAAUUUUUAAUAUCGUAAUUUACCAUCCACAAUAAUCGUUUGAUUGAUGACAAUGGCAAACGUAACGAUUACAAUAUAAGUGGCAACUCAUAUUUAUGUUUUCCUUUUACCUAUCCGAUACCGAAAUGCAGCUGUCAAAUUUAUUUACGUUAGAAUUUUUGAUUUGUUUCCAAAUUAGCAUUUCUCAUUGAAUUUAUAAGGACGGGUGAUUAUAUUUUUACAAAAAUACAAAAAAUUUGCUGGAACUAAAUUGUUAAUCUCUUCUGUAAGUCAAAAUUUCAAGUUCGUGAUGUCCUUGAAGAAAGACUUCUCCAAAGUGGAGUAUCGAAUAAAGCUGUUGUCUGGUAAUAAUGUAGUUCUUGUCGAGGCGAAUGGUUUCGAAUCUGAGAUAUUUGUUCCGGAAAUUCAGAAUGGACGCAUUAGUUUUCAGAACAUUAUACCUAGUAGGCGUUGCUGUUUUAUGUUGAAUUCGUUAGCGACAAAAAAUUUGACUCGUAGAAAACGUCGUCAAUUACAAACUACUGAUCAACUAAUGAGAACAGCAGAAAACCAAAGAGAUAGUGUAUCACCAUCGAGAACAUGGCGCCUACAGGGCGGUGACGAAAUACAUCGGGUACGUUCGCCGUUAGCGUUUAGCACACCUGCACCUGCUCCGUCACCAACUCCUUCAUAUACAAUAAAGCAACAAAUGAAGUACACAAAUAAAGAAAAUUAUUCACAACGUCCACGCACUUUAGCUCAAGCAUAUCAAACAAUAGAGUUGUUGCGUGCAAGAGGGUCGGCACCCGUUCAGUUGGCAAGACGAAAUAGUGUCCAAACGCCAUGUACAAAAACAGUACGUAUACAAUGUGAACAAUCAGAAAUCGACAGACAUUUAAAUGAAAAUUGUGGUGACUCUGGGUCUGGCUUUAAUAUACCAGAUAUUCCAAACUUAUCACCCAGAUUUGAAUCACCAAAUGAGAUGAAAACUAACACAAAGAAAGCGUGUAUUUCAACUCCAGGAACAGUUACAAAGUGGCGUAAGUGUCUGACGCCUGUACGAACUUACUCUCGUCAUGGCAUUAAUGUGCCACGUUUACCUUCUAGUUGUAGUGUCAAGAAAGUGCGAAACUUGAAAAAAAUUUCUUCGACACAAGGAACUGUUGGUUCAUACAAACUGGAAAUAAAGAGGCGGAAGAUAAUCGUGGAUCCCAAAACAACUAUAACACCCAAAACAUUUAAGCAGCAGCAAUAUUCUACGGCUCAUUUACGUCCGAAAAGUCCGGAUCGAUUCUUCGCAACAGCAGCGAAAGAUCGAAAGAAAUACGACAUAAAUAAAAAAACUGCUUUUGAUAUGCUAACGGCACCUAGUAGACCUGUGAUGUCUUCAAAGCUAUCACAACAAUUUAAAAAGGCCUGCGUGAACAAGGCGUCGUCUACAUGUCCAAAAUAUAAAAUUUUAUGUAAAAUACCGCCAUUGGAACAAGUAGAAGAAAGUCGAAAUCGGGAACACCGAGACGUGAAUAUCGAUCGGAAAUUGCCGCCAAGUAAUGUAACAGUAGCCGCUAUGAUGGAGAAAGCGUGCUCGAAUGCAAUACAAUCAUCCAACCGCACUUCACAUGUACCUCACUUGAGAUGGUCUUCUCAACAAAAGUCAUGUUGAAAUGUAGACGAACUUCAUUUAUUAGUAAGAAUAAUUUUUGGGCAAUAAUUGUAAAUUUGAUGGAUGAUAUUUAAUGUACUUUAGGAUUAUGAUAUGUAGUAUGUGUCUGUGCAUUUUUUUUAUUUUUAUAUUUACUAGAAUUUCAACGAGUAACUUUGUCUCCGUUUAGUGAAACUAUUUUGACUACAUAAACUGCAAUAGAGGUAUGUCAAUAUUGCCAUUUUGCAAUAAAUGUAGUUAUUAAAUAUUUUCACCGCAAACCAAGAAAUGUUUAACAUCUAUUAUGCUCGUUGUUACUUUUAUAUAUGCAAAAUGUAAUAAAGUAAUUAGGAAAUUAUAGUUGUUUGUAAGAAUAUAUCCUCUUUUAAAUGUUUCCGAUACGCAAAAUUGCUUUUUUGGAAUAUGGGUAUUAUAUUACCAUGGUUUGUAGAUCAAAUUAUACUGAAUCUCUUAAUUAAUUUAA